CUCUCCACCCAACUGGAAAUUCCUCUCUCUAUGAUACGUUCUCUCUCCAAUACUUUCUCUCUCUAAAUUAAACAAAUUAAGCACAAACUUCAUUUUUAACCCAUUUUAAUGUGAUCUUUCUCCCUCACCCCACCCAACUGCAGCUGCAACAUCCCCCUCUCUUUUGCUUUAAAAUACAUUCUCUCUAGCUUGCCACGGCAUCGAAUAGAGCUCAUGCGCAUAUUUUGCUUUGAAGCUUUGCCUCACAAAUCAAAUGGACGGGAUGGAGUUGAAUCUCGAAGGAGUUAAAAGUACAGGCUUUGCAAUAUUGCCGUUUUGGCGUUCGAUUAUUUCUACGCAAGACAAUGAAGAUAUUUCAAGAGUCGUUUUACGCAUUUGAAAAUUGGGAUUUUUGUUGUAAAAUGUUUGAACGAGUCUGAAAGUGAUUUCAUUGGAAAAAUCUAUUUACAACCGGCCAGGAGAACCGCGGGGCACCGCAUCCCACGUGGCCACUUGAAAAUAUAAUUUUUCUUCUUCCUCAAAACCAACUUUUUCCUCUCUCUUCAAAUUCUUCUGCUUUUCCCUCUGUGAACUUCAACGAACCAUCUGCAGCUUAUUAGUGCUGUUAAUGGCGACUCAUUUGUUCUUUUCCUUUCCCUUAUUUACAUUUACAAGUCAUUAUUACUAAGCUCUUCUUUUCUUUUCUGUAUUAUUUGUUUUUCCGUACUCCCAAUAGUACUCUUAUGACCAUAUUGCUAAGCUUAAACGAUGUAGGAAAACAAAAUCCCAAAAAAUUCCAUUACUGAGUUUAGCGAAGCCAUAAGUGUCCAGGUCAAGAUUGGACAAUAAGUAAGGGUCUAAUCACAAACUUUAUGCUGGGUUUGCAAUUUUUGUUAUGGGUAUUCUUUUUUAGUUAUAAUGGUGUCUUUGGGUCUGGAAGAAGAGAUCACGUUGCCUGUAGCAGACCAAUGAUCCAGAUGCCGAGAAGAAAGACACAAUGACGACGACGACGACGACGCGAUCUCUACGCCCGUCUCUGUCUUUGCUAUUUAACAUGAAUUCUUCCCCCUCUCUCUCUGUUUUCUUCUCUUUUUUAAUUUUUUGUUCCUUUUUUUUUUCAUUUAUUUUUAUUUUAUUAUUUUAUUGGCUGACGUGGUAUGCCGAUGUUCCCACGGUUUCGCAACUCGGUUGCAUGUAGUAGAGCUCUGAAACCCAUUUCAGAACCGGACCUCAACGCUGCAGAAAAAACCCAUUUGAAGACCCAUUUCAAAGCCGCACCUUCACGCUGCAGAAGGUUUUCGUCCAUUGGUUCAAGCUGCAGAAGCUCAGCGUCCAUUGUUGAGUUCAUAUCGUCUCAUCAUGGAAAAAGGGGAAGAACACUCAUCUCCCCUAACACCAUCUAGCUCAAAUCUCCCAACCACGGGCAUACCGUCAACUUCUCUAACAUUCAGAAAUUACAUGCACAUGCACGGUUACUAUGGAGAACUUCCUACGCGGUCACCAGGUCUAAUGCAAUAGCAAGAUGGCUACCAAUAUUCAUUCAAUAUUCAAGAGUACGAUGUUGGUUACCCAACUUCUGUUAUGACUACUGGAUCCGCCGCAAACAAAAGAGAUGAUAUAGAAGACUUGUCUCCCGAAACUGAUAUCCCAUGUACCUCCGCUGAAGUUGAAGAAAGCGGAAAAGAUAGAGCUGAUGGUAUGGAAACCACCACGGAUGUCGUUGCCAAGACAGCUCAGUUAGAUGAUGGAGUUGGUGGUGACACGAUUGAGGAGCCCAAGUCGAAGAUGGGGUUUAAUUCUUUUGAAGAGGUAAUGACUUAUUACAAGCAGUAUGCUAAGAAUAUUGGGUUUGGAGUGAUGACAAGAAGGACUGAGAAGGGAGAUGAUGGGACUGUCAGAUAUGCCACCCUCGGGUGUGCCCGUGGUGGGAAAACCCGUAAUAGGACGUUGAAUGUUGCCAGACCACGUCCGACUGGGAAAACGGAGUGUAAGGCGAAGAUUAAUGUCUUAAAAGUUGACGGAAAGUAUGAGUUGACAACAGUUAAUAACAUUCAUAACCACGGCCUUAGUCCAAAAAAAGCCCGCUUCUUUCGAUGUAAUAGAGAAGUGUCUGAAUCCGUAAAAAGAGUGUUAGAUACAAAUGAUUUGGCUGGUAUCCGAAUGAAUAAGAGCUUCGGAUCUCUUGUCGUUGGCGCGGGAGGUUUCGAAAACCUCCCGUUUUUGGAAAAGGAUUGUCGGAAUUACAUCGAUAAGGCCCGACAUUUACGACUUGGCGCUGGUGGUGCUGGAGCACUUCAGGAAUAUUUUUUGCGGAUGCAAUACAAGAAUCCUGGGUUCUUUGCGUCCAUGGAUUUAGAUGAUGACGGGAGGUUAAAGAAUGUCUUUUGGGCAGACCCCCGUAGUAGGGCAGCCUAUGAAGAUUUCGGUGAUGUGGUUACAUUCGACACCACAUAUCUGACGAAUAGAUAUGGGAUGCCAUUCGCACCAUUUGUAGGUGUAAACCACCACGGCCAGUCAAUUCUUUUGGGAGCUGGAUUGAUAUCCAGUGAGGAUACGGCAACGUUUGUAUGGUUAUUCAAGACUUAGUUACAGUGUAUGGAUGGUAUAGCUCCUAGAGCUAUUAUCACUGAUCAAGACAGAGCAAUGAAGAAUGCUAUUGCUCUUGUCUUUCCACAAAGUCGACAUCGAUUUUGUUUGUGGCAUAUCUUGAAAAAAGUCCCUGAAAAGCUUUCCUCCUAUUCUGCCUACAAAAGUGGGAUGAAAGCUGCUUUGAUGAAAUGUGUGUAUGACACCCAAAAUGUUCAAGAGUUUGAAAGCGCUUGGGAGCAGUUAAUCACCACUUACAAUCUGGAGGAGAAUAGUUGGCUGAAAAGUUUAUAUACUGACAGAAAGCAUUGGGUACCGGCAUUCUUGAAAGAUUCUUUCUGGGCAGGGAUGAGUACAACGCAGCGGAGCGAGAGCAUGAAUGCUUUUUUUGAUGGUUAUGUUCAUGUGAAGACAAACUUGAAAGAGUUUGUCGACCAGUUUGACAACGCUUUGAAGAAGAAAAUUGAGAAUGAAAAUAACGCUGACUUUCACUCAUUUAGCGUCACAAUUCCCUGCAUAUCUAGAUCUCCGAUCGAGAAGAAGUUUCAAGAAUUAUAUACGAAUGCAAAAUUCAGGGAAGUUCAGCGAGAACUGCAAUGUCUUAUAGAUUUGGCCCCAGAGUUGCUUAAGAGAGAUGGUGGUGUAAAGACAUAUCAUGUAGAGGAUGAAGUUCAUGUGGAAGACUUCACUAAGCUUGUUACAUAUUCAGUGGACUUUAGUGAGGUGGAUACAGUUGCAAAGUGUUCGUGUGGGCUAUUUCAGAUGAGGGGCAUAGUGUGCAGGCAUAUUUUGGUUGUGUUUAAGUCUAAUGGUAUAAAAGAUUUGCCAAAUCAGUACAUUUUGGACAGAUGGAGGAAGGACAUCAAGAGGAGGUACACGUUAAUUGCUGGCAGCUAUGACGCAGGGGCUCAGCGAGCAGAUGCUAACAGAUAUUCUACUCUGUUGAAUAUCUGUUAUAAGAUGAUUACUUACGCUGCGGGUUCAAAAAAACAUACCGAGGAUGCAACACAGAAGUUGUAUUCAAUGAUUGAGUUAUAUAGUGAGAACCAAGAACCUCCAUCAAGAACAUGCACGGGUUCCAAUGUUAUUCCUUCGAUACCGGAGACAGCUGCAUGUGUGGGUUCACAGAAAGUACUCAGUCCGCUAGUAGUAAGAGGAAAAGGCAGACCACCAUCUCUGAGGAGAGCAUCGAUAAUGGAAAAAGAGAUGCGGAAAGUUAAAGCGAAGGCAAAGAAUGCAACAGUCAAGGGAAAACGGAAACAGAGGGAUGGAGGAGAUACAGCAUUGCCAGAUACGCGUCGGAAUUUAUUUGGCCCAUCUGAAAAAGAUAUGUGUGAAGUUGGAUUGUCGCAGCUUGUUGAAGACAACUCAAUAAUUGAAAAAUCUCGAAUGGAGCGCCAAGAAUCAAUGAUCGCCAGUCAAGAAAUAAUGUUAUUUGGGAUGGAUGGAUCACAACCAAUUGAUGGAUCACAACCCGUAGAUGGUACUCAUUAAUGAAUAUAAUCCGAAUGUCUCCUAGCAGGAAGUAUAUUGAAGGGGCACUAUUUGGACUGUACAUGAUUAGCCAAAGUCAUUCAGGGAAAUGAAGUUCAUGUGGAACAUGCGUAUGGGCUAUUGAAAAUGUUGGAUGUAUUUAGUGUUCCAUCACCAGGUCGGGAAGGGAAUUUGAGAACCAUGUUUUAUGUUGAGUAUUGUUUGUAUAUUCUGGGUUCUUGCUGCCCAAGUUCAUGUGCAAUAGCAUUCGGAUGGUCUUUCACUAACUAAGUGAGGUGAAUGAUAGAAUGUGGGCUGAUUUAAUUUGGGUGUAAAGACAAUACUAUGGAAGACCCGUUUCCUCCUAUUCUAACAGUUAGAUAAUCUUAAAUUUAGUUGGAUUUCUAUCUUGACAUUGAA